AUGAAUAACGACUCGAGUUUGUACUCGUCAGAUCUCAACCCAUUAAGUGCAACAAUAGCUUCCGAUGAGGAAGGAAUACUAUUACUAGCUUCAAGCCAACCCAAGAAACGUGCAGGGAGGAAGAAGUUCAAGGAAACUCGCCACCCAGUUUAUAGGGGAGUGAGGAGGAGGAAUAAUAACAAGUGGGUUUGCGAGCUACGUGAGCCUAGUCAACAGAAAAGAAUAUGGCUAGGGACUUACUCUACUCCUGAAAUGGCCGCUCGAGCUCAUGAUGUUGCUGCAUUAGCUCUUAGAGGUAAUCUAGCCACUCUGAACUUUGCUGACUCUCGUUGGCGAUUGCCAGUGCCCGCAUCAAAGGACCCCAAGGACAUACGACAGGCGGCAGUUAUAGCCGCACAAACGUUUACUCAAGAUACUGAAUUAGUUGGAAUCAACGGUAUGAAUGAGGAAAUUAACUCCAGUACUAUUGAUGAAAUAAAGUAUCAAGAGACUGAUAUAACGAGGGCUAAUAAUGGGAGUAGUAGGGAUUUUGGCGCGAAGGAAUUGUGUAUAGAUAUGGAGAACAAUUUAUGUUGUAAUUGGGGAGAAGAUAACGACAUGUUGGAGAUGGAAGGAUGGCAAGAAAAGAUGGCGGAGGGGCUUUUGUUUUCACCAACUCCGCGUUUAGGUAGUUGUUUCAGUUGGGAUGAUGUAGAAAGUGAAGUUGAGGUGUCUUUGUGGAGUUAUAGUAUUUGAUACUAACUAGCCAGUUAGUUACAUGCUAGGAGUAGCAUUUUACAA